AAAACACAAUCCCGAUAAACGCAGUUAGUUUCAGCUCACCAAUUCCAUCAUGCACUUUGUUACUUUAGUUCUCUUUUGUGUUUUAUGUUCGUUUUCUUUAGUCUCUAGUAAAUAUCCUUUACGUUACAAGAAUUUGAGAACAGGAGAAGCAGGGGAUGAUGCCAUUGAUGACGAUGUUGGCGUUAAUGAUGAUGGUAUUGUGGCAUUGAUUGGAGAGAAUGACAGUAAUGAAGGAGUUGAUGACGAUGGCGAUGAACUUGAUAGCUACGAAGGCAAGAAGUUAAGUGAAAGCAAUGAAAACGACGCAGUCGAUGAUGAUGAUAAUAAAAGUGUUGCUGAUAAUGAUAGCAACGACGCAGUCGAUGAUGAUGAUAAUAGUGUUGCUGAUAAUCAUAAAAACGACGCAGUCGAUGGUGAUGAUGAUGAUAAUGGUCUUUCUGGUAAUGAUCGACACGACGCAGUCGAUGAUGAAUUUAAUGGUUUCGCUGAUGAUGAUGAUGAUGGAAAACAUGGAGGUUUGUUUCUUGAUGACGAAAAUACUGCGAUCAAUGAUAGUGUCGAAGGUAAACAGGAAAUCGAUGAUGCUGAGCCCUCAACUUUAUCAUCCAGUCACGAUAAUAAUCUUAGCAGUGACGAGCUGAAGCAGUACCAACGGGAGCUGGCCGCUGGUGACUGGUCGGAGUUCUUAGGCAAUAAUCAUCAUCACGAACCGAGGUAUUACAAAGACCUGAGCCGCCGGUUUAUUCCAGUCUUCCCUUAUGUGGAGACAAAUAUUAAACAUACAAAACCGACUCCCGAGCAAAUCAUACAAUUUAUUAUGUCAAAAAAAGUUCUGAGGGACAAUGAAGACAGAGAUAUAGUACCGAUAAAGGCACCAGCGGAUAUAGUCGUGGCUGUGAUGAAAAACGGUACAAAAAAGUAUUCCUCUAAGCCCAGCGAGCCUACGGAAGAAGUCAUCAGACAGUAUAUGCUGAGGAGUGGUGACUAUUGGGAUGGCGUAUGGAAAGAAGAAGUGAAGCCAGAUACUAUUCUAAGAACAAAGAAAAAGAAAUCUCAAAAACAAACAUUGGAUAUCCAGCCAUUUACAUCGAAACUGGUCCCCGGCACCAAAUUGUAUGAUCUACUUGCUAGAAUUGUGAAAAAAUCACCUAAACUCUUAUACUUUAUCAACAAUUCAUAAUAAUGUACAAUUAUAAAUACACUACCGUGAAUAUUUAUUUUUAAUCAACUAAUAAAACAUCAUAUCCA